AUGUCGGCGACCCUCGUUGGCGGCGUUGUCAUCGACUGCCGUUACACCGAGAUAGAUGACAAGUCUCUUCGCUUCAUUCGAGGCACUCCGGGGAAUCGCUACUGUUCGCCUCGAAAUCAUCGAUUCUCGGCAAUUCUCUUCUUGUUUGAUGUGAAGAGCUUAACGGUGAAAAUUGGCGUUCACCUAACAGAAAAGCGUCUAGAAAAACUGCAAGUGAAAAAUGUUCAAUCUAUGAUAUCCUCAUAG